UUCAGUGACGUUGUAGCUCUGGAAUGAGCUGGAUCAGAGCCUCAGACCCAUUACCAUAUCAUCAUUCAGAAAGGCCUAUGACUUCUGCCGCAUGCCAUGCAUCUGAGCUGAUGUCAAAACUCACAAAGUCCUGCAAGGGUUCAGCAUAUCUGUGGAUGUAUGAACACACACAGUUUAGGUCUGAGGAUGUGGACGAUUGUGGGUUUGGUCUGUCUUUCUCAGUGCAUUAUGAGUCAGCUGCUGGAGGCCAGGACCAAAGGAGCCCUGCCUCAGUUUAUUUGCAGCAUUCCAGGUUUGCCAGGAGCCCUGGGAAAGACUGGACCCCCUGGGCCUCGUGGAGAGGAUGGCCAUGUCGGAAUACCAGGAAGAGAUGGGAGGGAUGGACGGAAGGGGGAGAAAGGAGAAAAGGGAGAACCAGGCCUCAGAGGUAGAGUCGGGCCGACGGGAAAGCUCGGGGAACGUGGAGAGAGAGGUUUCAUUGGGAAGCGUGGACCUGGAGGUGAUCCUGGAGAUUUAGGGCCUCCUGGUCCUCCGGGACGUCUCGGACUAAAGGGUGACAAGGGCCAACGAGGCCCUCUGGGAGAACCAGGCAUCUGCAGAUGUGGAAGUUUGGUUCCCAAAUCCGCUUUCUCUGUAGGCAUCACCAGUAGCUACCCCACUGAGCAAGCACCUAUCAAAUUCAACAAAGUCCUGUUUAAUGAGGGUGGCCACUACAACCCAGAGACGGGAAAAUUCAUCUGUGCUUACCCAGGAAUAUACUACUUUUCUUAUGACAUCACUCUGGCCAACAAGCACCUGGCCAUUGGUUUGGUUCAGAACGGACAGUACCGGAUAAAGACUUUUGAUGCCAACACAGGAAACCAUGACGUGGCGUCUGGCUCAACAGUGAUAUUUCUCAACCCAGAGGAUGAGGUGUGGCUGGAGAUCUUCUACAAGGACCAGAACGGCCUGUUUGCUGACCCUGGCUGGGCUGACAGUCUGUUCUCUGGGUUUUUACUUUAUGCAGAGACAAACUAUAUGGAUACAUUGGCGGAAGAGUACUAGCAGCUGCGGUAGCAUCAUUUAAUGGUGCUAUCUUGGAUUGGGUCGUGCUGUUUUUCAGCAUCUCAUGCCAUGAAUGUCACAUUUUUAGACACUGUUUCCAUUUUUAAAAAAGAGGUUGUAUAGUAAAAAAGUACGAAACGUUCUGCAUUCAAUUAUUUGUUGUGAUAUUUCUGUGAUAUUUUUGAACAGAAAAAUGUGUCCAGUGUGAAUGGCCUCUAACUUGCUGAAAGUCACCAUUUGUUUGCAAAAUACUGAAAAUGAAAAUGAUGUUGUUACCUAUCAUAAAAAUAAAAGUGAGAUUCUUUUUGUUUUAUAUGCAUUCAUCUAAUCUCUAAGAUUGGGGAUUUAACAGUUUUAGGCUGAAAAUGUUAACUUUUUCCACAUUUAUUUGGAAGUAACUUUUUCCACUUCUUCCAUAUUUUGAAAAUACCAGUAAAUGGCCCAGAACAUAUUCUGACUCAUAUGUGUCUUCUUCAAGAGCAAUCUUAAUAGUAAGAAUCAACAAGCUCCUUUGAUGAAGCUAAUGAUUACUUUUCGCCAUGUUUUUGGACUUUUUCAUUGGACUAUUUUUGAACUUUUUUCAUCGUUUUUUCGAUAAUUUUUCAUUGGACUAUUUUUGAACUUUUUUCAUCGUUUUUUCGAUAAUUUUUCAUCGGACAAUUUUUUUGGGACAUUUUCAUUGGAUUAUUUCUUAAUUCUUUUUUUUUUCUUCCAUUGUUUUUCCAUUGGACUAUUUUGGACAUUUAUUGUGUAUGAACAGAUAUUUUGAAGAUUUUGAGGUACACUGUAAUACGUAUUAUUUGGCUCCUCAAUAUAUGUAUAUUUUAUAUUUAAUUGCCUUAACAUCACCAAUUAAGGGGCUGGGAUGUAGGAGCCAUAAGGCUAUUUAAUGCUGUUACUCAAUGUCAUUGAUAUAUGUUAUUAUAUUUCCGUACUCCCCCUGUGGUAAAGAGAUGAACUGCACCCAUUUUUGGGAUUUCCUGUAGGUAGCCAUCUUAAACAGGAAGUGAUGUGGCAAUGGGAGAGGGAAGGGAGACAGUUUUUUGACCUACAUCCGACUACACUGUUUAUAGGGAAAUCACGGUUUUGUUUUUAAGUUUUCACUUUUCUUUACAAUAAAUUCAUGCAAGCAAGCUUAAACAAGUGAGUAGUGUCAAAGAUACUUUCCCUCACGGAAAUGGCGAGAAAGGAAGAGAAUCCACACUUAAAAUGUUUACAUAUAUUUUAUUAAGAGGGAUCUUACAGAUCCCUCUUAAUAAAAUAUAUGUAAACAUUUUAAGUGUGGAUUUUGUGUCUUUAGUGAAUAUUUAAUAUUAAUAAAAAGUAGUUACCCUUACAGAAAAAAAAAAAAUAAAUUAAUAUCACACCAUUUGCAAAAGGAAAAUAUGUGGUUAUAGGAUAUUUUUAUGAUGUAAAUAUGUGAAACCCGUAUGAUCAUUUGUUUCCACGUGGGUUCACAUGGGUUUUACAUUUCAUGUGAUUGCAUAUGUGAAAUUUAUGUGAUUUUUCUGGAAGUGUAACUACAUUUUUAAUUUAAAUAUUUACUUACUAAAAGAAACAAAGAAUUUAUAUUCAUGUGAAAUGUUAUAUUGUAUUAUACAAAGAGUAUAUGCUGUUUAAUUUGAUGACCAAUAAAUACAUAAUGACGAUGUUUGCCAUGACAGCUCAUGCUACAUUAUAUUUUCUGCUGUGUGUAUUCAUGUGUCAAAUUAAGCAAAAGAUUUGUACAGAAACUCCCUUGGUUUUAUUGUUUCAAUGAGUCACUUCUUGAAUUCAAUUUCAUGUGUCAUAAGAGAGUUUGCCUGCUGUCAGA